UGACCAGUCGCUUACCUUGGCCCUGUUGGUGUUACCAAAAUAGGAUAUUGCUGGUCUAGUCCGAGACUCCAGAAUUUGUCAACGCACUCGGUUAUAGAAGGCAUUGUUCGAGAUGGCGGUCAGCGGCAGUCAAUGACAGUCAAUGGCAGUCAACAGAAUGGGGUAUAAGAAGGCUCUCUUCCCCACAUUCAGCAGUUCUAUCUAGACAGCUACUCGAAGCAUCCUUAUCCAGUACCCUUGCGAGCUGUUCAAAAGGUCUGAUAUUCUGAAAUCCACGUUCAAAAUGCGCGCAACUCAGCUCGCCCUUCUUGCCCUGGCCGCUUCUGCAAAGCUGGCCACCUCGUUCAAGAUCCCCGAGGGAAUGAUGGACGGAGUUUACAAGGUCUACCUCAACGAGAACGGUGUUGAAGUCCACGAGCCUCUCCUCCCAGAGGAUAUCGUCCAAGUGACAGACCCCGAAUCCGAACAACACGAAGCAGCCCUUUUCGAGAGGGCAGCAGACCCUAGUUUCGCUGUUACAUACUGCGGCUGUGGCAUAACCAUGAACCAUGGAGACUGCGACAGAGCCGUGCAGAACCUGAAGAACCAGUUCGGCGGCGGAACGGUUCGUAUCGGACCGAAUCUGGCGUGGUAUUCGAUCAGCGGCAGCGUGGUGGCAUUCGCCUGCAACAAAGUUGCUGCACAGGCCGAGGCCAGCGCGGAUCGCCUCACUAGGGCCCUCCAGGGUAUUACGGAGAGGUGUGGGUGGUACGUUCCGGGGACCACGAGAUUUGUCACCAACCUAUGGCUCGAUCCAUACUGGGGAUAUAUGAAUUAUCACCCUGGUCUGGACUUUUGUGCCGCGUCUACCAGCUCUGGAUCUCACAGCUGCUAACGCCCGAGGCACUCUGGGUGUGCCAACUCUCGCGACGAAAUAUGGGCUAGGCCAUGAUGGAGAUAUUUGCUAGUCACUCACAUCAAGUGUUAGCAUAUCAGUGUUCCUUCAAAUUCGUUCAUUUCACUGCUGUAGUAAUCUAGUAGACGUCCUUACCUCCUCAAGCAUCACCUUCUGGGACUAUACUGAAGGAAUGGACGCUAGAAUGCUCAGCGAGCAGCUGUCUUGUUUGGCACGG